GACGAAGUAUCAGUCAACGUUCAGCGGCCGAAGCAGCAACAGUAGCAGUUAAAUUAUUACGCAGCAGCCAAUACCACCGAAAAUCAAAAAUGACUGGACGCGGUAAAGGAGGAAAAGGGCUGGGAAAAGGAGGCGCCAAACGUCAUCGCAAAGUGUUACGUGAUAACAUCCAAGGUAUCACCAAACCUGCCAUUCGUCGUUUAGCCCGCCGUGGUGGAGUGAAACGUAUCUCCGGUCUGAUUUAUGAAGAAACUCGCGGCGUGUUGAAAGUGUUUCUGGAAAACGUAAUCCGGGACGCCGUUACAUACACGGAGCACGCCAAAAGGAAGACCGUCACCGCCAUGGAUGUCGUCUACGCACUGAAACGUCAAGGUCGUACUUUGUACGGUUUUGGUGGUUAAAAACCCAACCAAUUGAACCUCAAUUAUGUGAACCAACAAAUCAAAAAAACCUUCUGUACAUUAUGGACUGAUUGACGCUCAAAAAAUGGGUAUCGGUUAAUAAAUGGAACAUGCAGACAUGCGAC